AUGUUUUCUCAUUUUCUUAUACUUUGUAUCAUUUUUGAUGAAAAAUGUUCGAAUAACACUGAAAUUCUUCAAACCGUCGAUGAAAUGUUUGAAGAAACAGCAAUCAUGAAUCGUGAAAUUUUGAAAAUGAUUCAGAAUCGAAGUUUCGCCGAGGCUUUAGAUUUCUUCACCAGUAGUUUUGAAUAUUAUGAUGAUAACCGGAAUUUGACAGCUUCAGAGUUUAUUAACAAAACCUUUGGAUAUAUCAGAUAUCUUGAUCUUCCCGAACCGAGUUUUGUUGACUAUUUCAUGGAUUCUGAAUCAAAUAAUGAAACUUCAAUGGUUUCAAGAUAUCGGAUUGAUUUUGGUGGGCGGGUUUGUAAUUUUCACGUGAGAAAUGUUCAGAAUCCACCGGAUUUUCGAAUUUUUUUGGAUGCCAUUCUAUUGCGUGAAUGCACACAAUAUGAUCUAUGUAAAACUUGUUAA